GUGGGAGGAGCUCCUGGUGAGAGGCGGUAUAUGCCGCUGCACUCUGUGUGGGGGGAGAGUACCUGCUCUGUUAGUAGUCACGAUUAUGUCCAUCAGUAAAUAUGUCUCACUGUGACAGCUGCUGAGCGUGUAAUAUCGCCUUUCUGUAAGUUACACUGCUUGCCUAGCAAAGUUAGAAAUGGCUGAAAUAAUUGCAGUCAACGCCGGUUUACCGUUGCCGUCCACCCUGAAUGCCACCUUCCCGGUUCCUCAAGACGGCUGCAUCGUUGCUGCUGCUGCUGCCGCUGCUCCAGCUCCUCUGAGCAGCGAGGACUACCUGUUUGUGGAGACCAGGCACCCCAACACUGUCCUGCAGGGCCUCAACAGCCUGCGGCUCAACAACGCCUUCUGUGAUGUGACUCUUUGCUGUGGAGGACAGGAGUUCCCCUGCCAUCGCAUCGUGCUUGCCUCCUUCAGCUCUUACUUCCAGGCAAUGUUCUCCACUGAUCUGAUAGAGUCCAAGCAGGAGCGGGUUGCCAUCAAUGGAGUUGAACCUCAGAUGGUUGGCAUGCUGGUGAGCUACGCCUACACAUCAGAGGUCUACAUUUCUAAAGCAAACGUGCAGGCGCUGCUGGCAGCAGCCAACCUGCUGGACGUCAUGGCUGUCCGAGAGGCCUGUUGUCGUUUCAUGGAGCGUCAGAUGGAUGAAAUGAACUGUGUGGGGAUUCACUGCUUUGCUGAAGCCCAUUCUUGUAAGGUGUUGGAGAAACGCAGCAUGGAUUACAUUCUUGAGCACUUCAGCAGUGUUUCUCAGCAGGAGGAGUUUCUGUCUCUGUGUGUGGACAAACUGACAGAAAUCCUUGCCAGCGACCAUCUCAACGUGCCCAAAGAGGAGUUGGUGUUCGAAGCUGCCAUAUCGUGGCUGAGUAAAUGCCCUUCUCGCAAACAGAGCUUUGAAAAGGUCCUCGAGCAUAUCCGUCUGCCUCUCAUCAGCCCUUAUUACCUCCACGAUGUGAUCGAGUCUCAGGAUGUAGUGAAGGAGAACCAGGGCUGCCAGAGGCUCAUCUCCGAGGCCAAGGACUACCUGUUGCUAAAGGACCGCCGCGGAGAGCUCUAUUGCCCGAGGGCACGACCACGCAGGUCCACAGGGACAGCUGAAGUGAUAGUGACAGUCGGCGGAGAGGAUGACAAGGUGGUGCUGCGCAGCGUCGAGAGCUUCGAUCCCGUGACGAACAAGUGGAAGAAUUUGGCCUGCCUGCCCUUCGCCGUGAGCAAGCACGGGCUGGUGGUUUCAGACUCCACUCUGUAUUUGGCGGGAGGGGAGUUUCCUGACGGCUCAGCCAGCAGGGAGAUGUGGCGCUAUGACCCCUGCUUGGACUCGUGGAUGGAGAUGGCUCCCAUGAAUGUGGCUCGCUCAGAGUUGGGCCUGGUGAUGCUGGACGGCUUUGUGUAUGCUGUGGGAGGUUGGGAAGGACGCUCUCGUCUGGACUCUGUGGAGUGCUACAACCCCGACACCAACUCUUGGCAGUUCACCGAGUCUGUCAAGAUGGCCGUCACAAGUCCUGCAGUGGUGGCCCUGGACGGACUGCUUUAUGUUACUGGUGGUGCAGUUCUAGAGGAUGGUGAUGGCACAGACCUUGCACAAGUGUACAACCCUAAAACCUCUACAUGGACAGAGGUUUCCCCGAUGCAGAUCGCUCGCUCUGGUUCAGCAGCAUGUACACUCAAAGGAAAACUCUAUGUAAUAGGCGGCUGGCAUGCCUCAACAGAAAACACAGAUAAGGUGGAGUGUUAUAAUCCCAAAACCAACCAGUGGACCAUGUGUGCCCCCAUGAAAGAACGACGCUACCGGCCUGGUGUCGCUGUGGUGGAUGGAAAGAUCUAUGUUCUGGGAGGAGAAGAGGGCUGGGACAGAUAUCAUGACACUAUUGAGAGGUACUGUGACGAGACUGACGCAUGGGAGAUUGUCGGAGAGAUGCCCACCAGUCGCAGUUGGCUGAGCUGUGUGUCUCUCCAGCUGAGGAAGGACAUGAACAGCAGCCCUGGUACACCAAACGACAACUAAGUGAGGUCGUCAAAUGGCAAGUCUUUUGUGGUUAUUUGCACCCUCUUCGGGGACAGUGCACUUCAAAGCUCAGUGCUGUGCAGACCAGUUAACUGAAGAGAAAGGAUGCCUGGAUUUGGCACAUUGCUGUUUGAGCUGUUACUGGAGGCAAAGAGGAGCUGGUUUUUAAUCAGUGACAAUUUAUGGAAUGAGUCUCACUCACUCGGGUCCCUCCUUUGGUGUGGCGACAAAGGAAACGUCGUUGACCCACAUGAAUCUCAAGUAACUGAUCGACAACUCAAUCAGCAGUCUAAGCUCAGUCUCUGUAUGAUGUGAACAUGUUAAGGGUUGUGUUUUAAUGUCCGAGCGCCUCAAAUCUGUGAACAUUUUCCCAGCCAACAUAGUGUAUUUUUGUAUUAUUAUUAUUAUUAUUAUUAUUAUUAUUAUUAUUAUGUGACGUAUUUAUUUGGAGUAUGACGAGCUGUGAGAAUUACAUUUUUUAAAAAAGAUCCUCUAAUAAAGAUGUUUAAUUCUACACUGUGAA